CUCUCUGGUCCCUGCACUUACUGUUUUCUUAAAGAACCCAUCUAUAGAAUCAUAAUGGCCACCGCCGGUGACGUUUUACGGAGAAAUGUGCCGGAAAGUUUUGAUUUUUCUGAGAAGGAGCUUCAUGUUUUGGCUGUGGAUGAUAGCAUCAUAGACAGGAAGGUCAUUGAGAAGCUGCUUAAGAUUUCUAGCUGUAAAGUGACUGCUGUUGAGAGUGGAACAAGGGCUCUGCAGUAUCUAGGCUUGGAUGGAGAGAAGAAGAGCUCAGUUGAUUUUGAUGCUAUGAAGGUGAAUCUAAUAAUCACAGACUAUUCAAUGCCUGGAAUGACAGGAUAUGAGCUGCUGAAAAAGAUCAAGGAAUCAUCAGCUUUUAGAGAAGUUCCAGUGGUGAUCAUGUCCUCAGAGAACAUCCUCACUCGUAUCGAUAGAUGUUUGGAGGAAGGAGCCGAAGAGUUUAUAGUAAAGCCGGUAAAACUUUCAGACGUGAACCGCUUGAAAAAUUUCAUGAUGGGAGGAGAAAGAAAAGAAAAUGGAGCGAGGAAGGUUCAGAAAAGGCCGCUUCAAGUUGACUACAACAAUGCAUCAUCGCCACCCUCGCCAUUACCGCAAUUGUCGGGUCCGUUUGCUUGUAAUCUAGCUUCACUACAGUCAUCUUCAUCGCCAUCAUCUCCCUUACCCAGAUGUUCCUCAAAGAGACCUAGAUUGCACAGCAUGGAUUAAUAUUGUCUGCCAUUAGUAAAUUUAGUAACUCAAUACUGUCCCCUUUUUCCAAUUUUGAGAUUCCCAUGUAUGUCUGUUACCACUUCCCACCAUGUAAAUUCUAACAUGAAACUUCCACUGGGGACUAGGAAAAGUAGGGAACGGUAUAAAAGUCUAGGAUUUAAAGUUUCUUUUUUUUUUCUCUUGGGGUUUCACUUUUUGCUGAUGUUGCAUAUGGAACCAGAUUAAAAUCAUCAAUGAAAUCCCAAAUAGUGAAGGGAAUAUUUUCUUACC